GAAUUACGAAACGUUUCGUGACAAUUGCGCAUAAUAAUAAAAGAUUUGAGGAUAUUCACGACCAAUUAAUGAACCGUGUUUUCAUGAAACCUCAAAAUUACUAGAUAUCAACUAGAUAUCAAACUAUGGCCGCGAGCCUUCCUAUUCCAGCACCUCCGAGGACACCCACUCCACCCACUCCUAUUCCACAACAGCAAGGCAGCUUUGCAUGGGAUAAUCAUAAUGACACUUCACGAACCGUGCAUUCAGAGAUUCUUUUGGAUCCAAAUGCUCUUUCGCCUGCAAUUUCAAGCACAGGUCGAUUUGGUUCAAUGCGUACCCCGAUGUCUCCUCCUUCAGGUUUCUCGAGUCCAAACCUGCAACCGGAUGGAAUGAUGAGUGUUCCACCUACCAGAGGAGAUGCGAAUCCUUUUAACUUUCAGACGCAAACUAUAAAAGAUGCGCCAAUUGCCAAAUCUGUACGCGAAUCUCAAAUGAUCAUAUUAUACCCAUAACUAACACAAUGCACCAGAACAUUGGCCAGCGAAGAGGUCAUAGAUACAAACAUAGUAGUGUCUCGACUCAACAUCAAAUCUUCCUCGAACCGCCGCCUAGAGCACCUCUCGCCCUUCCAGCUUCCCUGCCCAUUCCCACAUUCAAAGAAGCAUGGAAAAGCAUGUCCAAAGAACAAACUACUCGAAUAGCCUGGUGUCUCUGCCACGCCCUAAUAUCCGCUUUCGUUCUUUACAGCGCGCAAGGCUCUCUUGCUCUCACGGCUCUAUCCCAUCUUAUAUUCUUCGAUGCCGUAUCAGCAACAAUUUGUGUCGUGGUGGAUGUAUUCUGCAAUUUCGAAGUAUGGAAACGCUCCUCCAUCCGUCAUCCAUUCGGACUCGAACGCGCAGAAGUACUAGCAGGAUUUGCCAUGUCCGUUUUUCUCCUCUUCAUGGGGUUUGAUCUCAUAUCCCACAAUUUAAAACACGUCUUGGAAGGAUUAGGCGACCAUGCUCCUCAUCAUCCCCAUUCUCAUCAACGAGUUAGCCCCGGCUCUGUUGAUUCCGCUGCGUUACUCUCAAUAGUAGCAACUCUUGUCUCAGCAAUCGGACUCAAAAACCACGCACGAAUAGGCAAAGCAAUGCGUUUUGCCUACAUAUCAUUUCUCCCGUCCGUCCUCUCAAAUCCCUCUCAUUUCCUAACUCUUAGCUGCAGCACCAUCAUGCUUCUCCUCCCUCUUUUAACAAUCUCCCUCUAUAUCUGGCUCGAUCGUCUCCUCUGUACUGCCAUUGCUCUUUCCAUGUUCCUCCUUGGAAUCCGUCUAGCUACCGCCCAGGGCCUCAUGCUUUUGAUGUCCUAUUCCGGCGCUGGAGUUUCAGAGGUCAUGAAGGAGAUCGAAUCCGAACCAUCUGUAUCCACGGUUGAAGAAGCGAGGUUCUGGCAAGUACACUAUGGAUUAUGUAUGGCGAAUCUGAAAUUAAGAGUCAGGGGAGACGAGGGAAGUGUAUUGAAAUUAAGAGAGAGAAUCAAGACAUUGGUUAGGAAUAGACUCGGUGGAGGAUAUGGAAAAGGUGCAGGGAUGAAAUGGGAAGUCACGACACAAUUGAUCGUUGAUGGGAAAUGAGCUUAUUGGUUCGGGCACUGAUAUGUUUUAUAUUUCUUGUACGAUUCUAUGGUUAUGGUAUUGGUCAGGCGGGAAAUCUGACGGGCGUCAAUGCAUAUGUAUUAAAUUUCGCUACCAUAGGCUAGUAAGGCGCAUUGGGGAAUUACUGAAAGAGAAGAAUCAAUCGAUCUACAGUGCAUAUAGCAUAUGAUAUGCACAUCACAUAUACAACCACCUGAAUCCAUCCAGCAGUAUCUUUUGAAACUCAUCCUUGCCUCACAAGAGCCUGAAUCAUGAAAUGAGAUAUCCAAGUUCAU